ACAAACUUUGACCUUCGUAAUGUAUUUACUUCAAUAUAAGUUGUUGUUAAAUGGUGAAAGACUCUAUAAGGACGGGGUAUUUCACAAGAAUUGGUUGUUCCUGUGAUAACAAGCAUACAAAAUGCCAAACGUUAUUAUUCUUCAAUCGCCGCCACCAAAGUUAGAAGAUGUACAAAAGAAAGUGUUUAGCGCCGGAGCUUUAGAGUUUCUGGCUAAUUUACACAAGGAGUUCGAUGAAGAAAUCAACCAUUUGUAUGAGAAUCGCCAAAAAAGGGCGGUGGAGUUACAAUCAUGUCCAAAACUGGACUUUAAGAAAUCGCCUGAGAGGAUGGACAGAUCGUGGACUAUUGCACCGUUGCCGUUGAGACUUCAAAACCGUCAUUUAGAUCUCGGGGAUGUAUCCCCCACCAAUACAUCACAUUUUGUGUCCGCUCUUAAAACCAACGUCCAAGGCAUACAAGUGGACUUUGAUGAUGGACAUUGUCCGACAUGGCGCAACCAGCUGAUAGGCUACCAGAACAUCUACCUGGCGGUGAACGGGAAACUGCAAGGAGCUCCGAUGAGCAUCAGUAUGUGCCCUGUGCUUAUGCUGAGGCCGAGGGCUUGGAAUAUCAUUGAACAUAAUAUUCUGAUUGACGGCAAAGAAGCAAUAGGACCGCUUGUAGACUUCGCAAUCCUCAUGUACCACAACGCCAAAAAGCUUCACGAAGCCAACAGCGGACCAUACUUCUAUCUAUCCAAACUAGAGGGCGCUGGGGAAGCCAAGCUAUGGAAUAGCAUAUUCGUUUGGGCGCAGAAACAGUUGGAUAUUCCUCAAGGAACUAUCAAGGCGUGUGUUUUGAUCGAGAAUAUCGUUUCGACAUUUGAAAUGGAGGAAAUUCUUUACGCCCUGAGGGAACAUUCUUUGGGACUAAAUUGUGGUAUCUGGGACUAUUGUGCGUCAAUUAUUAGUAAAUUCGGCAGUCGCAAAGAAUUCCUGCUCCCCGACCGUAACAAGUACGUGAACAUGUCCCGGCACUUCCUGAGCUGCUACCUGCGCCUCGUGGUGGGCGCGUGCCACGCGCGCGGGGCGCCCGCCACGGGGGGCAUGGCCGCCUCCAUGCUCAAGCCUGGCGCCACAGCCCAGGACAGAGAAUCCAAGGAGAUAAUAAACAAAAUUUUGGAGUCGAAGAUUAAAGAGAUCGAGGCAGGAGUCGACGGGUUCAUGGUGUAUGACUCGAGAGUUGUGCCCUUCGUUAAUGAGCUCUGGAACAAAACCAGCUCAACACCAAACCAGAUAUCCAAGCAGCUAUCCCUAACCAUAACUGCCGAGGACCUUCUAACCAUACCCAGCGGGGGGGUCACCAUACAAGGCUUGAAACACAACGUGGCGGUCUCCAUACUGUUUAUAUACCACUGGUUGGCUGGCGUUGGACAUUUCUUCUAUAGUGGCAAUGUGGAAGAUUCGGCCACUGCGGAGAUCUCUAGAACGCAGAUUUGGCAGUGGAUUCGGUUUGCGCCAUUCCUAGAAGACGACCCGACGAAGCAAGUGACAGCUAAUCUGGUAGAAAAGACCGCCGCGAGUUUCGCUGCGCACGCGCACAAGAACCUCUGCCGAUCUAACGCUGAGAAGAAGAGGCUCACGGCAGCGAGGUACAUGUGCAUGGAGUUGUUUUUGGCGCGGAACCCGCCGGAGUUCAUCACAAGCUUCCUGAACGACAACCACAAGUUCAGGACGUUACAUAACAAGGCGCUGCUGAGCAACCUCUAA